GUUGCACAACCUCUCCCAUUACCCUUUUUUGCAUUAUUCCUGAUUUUUAUUACAUAAGCUUUCGAUAGGGGCAGAACAUAAAGUCGUAGCAAAUACAUUCUUGUCACAAGCAGAGCAAUUGGACAGGCUAAGUGUCAGUUUAAAAGUACAAGGAAAAGUGCGUUUAAUAGUAUGUAUAAACAAGAAUGAUCAUCUGGGUCUAUAUAUGUAUAAUAAGGAGUGGUGGGUUGUGGAGCAGGCAUUUGUUAAACUAUAUGUAAAUGUUCGAGUUCUUUGUUGACGUCGUAUAUUGUUGUAAAUCUGUUUACGUAGAUGAAUGUAUAUGUUUUUCUUUUGUUUUUUUCUGUCAAAAGUAAUUUUUAUUAUAUGUGUGCUUCCAUCUUCUUUCCUUAUAAAAACUACCCUUUUUUUUUGUUUUUUUUCUGUUUUUCUGUCUUCUUUUUCCAGGUUUUUUUCUCUACGAUUGUGCUGUCAUGAUAAAAA